AUGGGUUCAGAUUCGUCAUCGGAUCUGGACUCUUCGCUCUCACAUCCUCCCUCGCGCCCUCCCACAAGCGCGGCCACAUCUCCUUCAACAACGGGGGAUUCUGACCACGCCAAGAUGGGUAGCAUGUCAAAUUUUGCUACUGAGCAUAUGCUCACCGAGGAAAAAAAGGCUCGAGCAGAAAAUACCCGAGCCGAGGCAAAGCGUCUUGCGACACUGGCUCGCAGCCGUCGCAAGAAGGAGGAAUUGAGCCAUAGUGAACGCGCUCAGAAGGCCAAGGAGCUUGACGAAUUGCUGCGCAAGAGCUCUGUGUUCAGUGACAUUCUCACACAAAAGACGAAAGCAUUGGGUCGUGUUGGUCGAAAUUUUGACAAUCAAACCCUUACCGAUGCCGGCGUCGAGCUCAAAAAGCAACCAAAAAUCAUGACUGGUGGUGUCAUGCGCGACUAUCAACUCGAGGGAUUGACUUGGAUGUUUGAGAUCAUGUUGCAGGGCAUGAGCGGUAUCCUGGCUGAUGAGAUGGGCCUUGGCAAAACCAUACAGACUAUUUCUCUAGUGGCUUUACUUCGAGAGCAGGAAGCAUACUACGGCCCUCACUUGAUCAUUGCGCCGCUCAGCACUCUGUCAAAUUGGCAAGAUGAAUUCCAAAAGUGGACUCCGUCCAUCCCAUUUGCACUAUAUCAUGGCAAGCCCGAAGAGCGCCAGGCUAUUUACAAAAACAAGAUCAAUAAGAACUACAAAAGAAAAGGUACCACUGGUAGUGCCUUGGCCGGCUUUCCCGUGGUCUGCACCAGCUACGAAAUGAUCUUGAGAGACCAUGCAACUCUGUCCAAAAUUGACUGGGCCUGUAUCAUUGUCGACGAAGGACACAGACUGAAGAACGCGGAUGCAAAGCUUUUCAGAGAACUGCAGCAGUUCAAGUCUGCAUCCCGGUUCCUCAUCACCGGCACGCCUCUUCAGAACAAUUUGAAAGAGCUGUGGUCUUUGUUACAUUUCCUCAUGCCGGAGACGUUUCUCAAUUGGGAAGCUUUCGAGAUUUGGUUCGACUUUACUGAUCUUGCUGACGAGCAAGGUACGCAACAAUUCAUUGGCAACCGGGAAAACCAAGACCUGGUCAAGAAGAUCCACAAGGUUCUCCAGCCGCUCCUGCUACGCCGCAUCAAAGCCGAUGUCGCCAAUUACCUUCCCAAGAAGCGCGAAUAUGUGUUGUAUGCGCCAAUGACAAGGGAGCAGACUGAUCUCUACAAUGUGAUUAGCGACAAAGGCACCGAUACGCGGUCAUAUCUGGAGAAUAAAGUCGUCGAGCGGCUGACGGGCGCUACCAAUACUGCAGUCAACUCUAGGAGAUCGAGUCGUCAGGCAUCACUUGCCAGCAGUGCUGUUGCAUCUGAGGCCCCUUCUCCAGAGGCUAGCGAUGCCUCUUCGCCAGUGGGCAAAAGGGGUCGUGGCCGCCCAAAAAAGAAUGCAUUCGAAGCCAUGAUGAAUGGCACGGCGAGUGGAUCUGUGGCGGGCCGUAAAAGGAAGAGUGAAGUAAAGGUCGAUUUUCCAGAGCCCAAGAGUACGAAGUCGAGCCGGCAGUCGACGCCUGCGAAUAGUCGCCGUGGCCGUGGCCGGCCGAAACGGGGCGUUACCACCUACAACGUUUCUGACGACUUGGAUGAAGAUAAAUUGGAUGACGACGAAUUUGAGGCCAAGUUGCUAGCAGAAAUGGAGGCUGCACAAAAGCAAGAUGACAGUGACGAGUAUCCUCAAAAUGAGGAGGAAGCCAUUCGUGCUGCCACGCUGGACCUUGCCAAAAUGCAAAUCAAGGAGAAGAGACUUGGCAAUCCGCUUAUGCAACUCCGACUCGUAUGCAACAGUCCUCACAACUUCUAUAACCCCUGGAAUUACGAUGCAGAAUUGGCUAUCGAUGAGAGCAUUGUGACUUCUUCCGGCAAGAUGCUCCUCUUGGAUCGCUUGUUGCCCGUUCUGUUUGAGCGCGGCCACAAAGUUUUGAUCUUUUCGCAAUUCAAGACGCAACUUGAUAUUCUGCACGACUAUUGUGCCGAUCUACGAAAGUGGAAAGUAUGCCGUAUCGAUGGCAGUGUAGCACAGACGGACCGCCGUGAACAGAUCCAGAACUUCAAUGAAGACCCAGACUACAAGGUCUUUUUACUCUCGACGAGGGCUGGAGGUCAAGGUAUCAAUCUGGCCGCUGCUGAUACCGUCAUUCUUUUCGACAGUGAUUGGAAUCCUCAACAGGAUCUCCAAGCACAGGAUCGAUGCCACCGCAUUGGCCAAACCCGCCCAGUCAUCAUUUACCGCCUAGCAACCAAGGGCACCGUCGAGGAGGAGCUACUACUAAGCGCGGAUGCCAAGCGGCGUCUGGAGAAGCUGGUCAUCAAAAAGGGUGGUUUCAAGAGUAUGGGCCAAAAGCUUGACCCUCAUGAGGAGGAGCUCGACAAGGAGACCCUGAGGGCCUUGCUUCUCAAGGAUGGCGAGGUCUAUCAGCAUUCUGGUGGUGAUCGCAUAUUUAGUGAUGAGGAUAUGGAUGUCCUUUUGGACAGGAGCGACGAUGCUUAUGCCCGAGCCGCCACUGGAGCCGGUAAUGCCGAUGGUUUCCAGGUUGUCGACACUGCCGCAGACGGUAUUACGCAGAUCAAGGCUGCUUGA